AUGGUACCAAAAUGGAACCAUGCCUUCAAGGAUUUGCAACAUAUCAAAGGACCACCGCCAAUCCCAAUUAUUGGAAACCUGACGGAUUUAGGAGAUCCAACCAAAAUAUUUUGGCAAUUGUACCACUGGCAUAUUCAGUAUGGAAGUAUAGCAAAAGCAUGUUAUGGUAUGGAUAUGCUGCUAUUUAUCAGCGAACCAGAGUAUUUAGAGUUUAUAUGCACUAGCCAAUCAACACUACCUAAAGGCAUCUAUUACCGUUACUUACAUAAUUGGUUAUCAUUUGGACUAUUGACCAGUAAAGGAAAGAAAUGGCAUCAACGUAGGAAGAUGAUCACACCAACAUACCAUUUUAAUAUCUUAAAGCAAUUUGUUGAAAUAUUCGAAAAAAAUGGUAAUAUUUUGAUUGAAAAGUUAGGCGGUGAGGUAGGCAACCCUUCUUUUGAUGUCCAUAUUUACCUUAGUUUAUGUGCAUUGGAUUCAAUUAAUGAAACUGCUAUGGGUUCCUCUGUUGAUGCUCAAAACAACUCAAAUACUGACUACAUUCGAGCAAUCAAAGAAAUGACUCGAAUCGUAGUACAUCGCACAAUGCUACCACAUAAACAUUUUGAUUUUCUUUAUCAAUUCACUCAAGAUUACAAACUUGAACAAAAUUGUCUCAAAAUUCUGCAUGGUUAUUCUAUAUCAGUCAUUGAAUCACGCCGGCAAGAACUACUCAAUAAUCCCUCGCGAUUUGAUACGAACUAUGUUGAUGAAUUUGGGAGAAAGAAACGAAUUGCAUUUCUUGAUUUGUUGCUGCAAUCCACCAUUGAUGGGAAACCACUUAGCAACGAAGAAAUUCAAGAAGAAGUUGAUACUUUUAUGUUUGAGGGUCAUGAUACAGUUAGUGCAUGCAUGUCAUUCUGGAUGUACUUAAUCAGUAAACAUCCAGAAGUUGAAGAAAAACUUCUGGCUGAACAAAGAGAAAUAUUUGGCAAUGAUCCAAAACGACCAGCAACCUACAUAGACCUGCAAAAAAUGCACUAUAUGGAAAUGACUAUCAAAGAAACAAUAAGAUUAUAUCCGUCUGUUCCUUUUAUGAUGAGAGAUACUAUAGAAGACUUUACGUUCCGUGACUUAUCUGUUAAAAAGGGAACUCAGAUUAUAAUGCUACCAUUCUAUCUUCAUCGCCGAGCGGAUCUAUAUCCAGAGCCGGAAAAGUUUAUUCCGGAGCGUUUUACAGCUGAAAAUGUGAGAAAACGUCAUCCUUUCGCGUAUUUAGGCUUCAGUGCGAGGCAUAGAAACUGCAUCGGUCAAAAAUUCGCUAUGAUUGAAUUAAAAUCGACACUUUCAAAAGGGGAUAAAGCAAACAUCGCACAAGUGGAAUCAGGUGAGACUAAUUUUCCUACUGUAACCGUUACUGAAGAUGCCCAUGAAGCGAAGCAUGUAUAA